UUCAUCGCUGAUCGCAGCCAAGUUUGCCGUCUCUUGUUUUAUUAAACACGCAUAAAAACGCAUGUGAUAGUAGUGACACGCCCCCUGGUGUUUCACGGCUGCCAGGCUGCUUGAGUUUGAUAACCUUGCUCUGCGUCCGAGAGCAUCACUGAAGGAAUGUGGAUGUGGGUCUGGAUGCCUUCCUCUUGCUGCUAAUUGUUGAUGCAGCCCCGGAGGUCUCUCGCAUGGUUAUCAAGGCUCGUCCCCGGUCUCAUCUCAUCUCCUCCCGCUCAGACCUACAAUGAUGAGCACCGAGACUGUUUUUGAGAGUGGAGACCAGCCUUGUAUUCGGCUGGAGCCCCUGAAGAGCACACACUUGCCGGGCAAGUCGACGCCGACCGGUGGCAGCUGCGAUGUCUUCACGGACAGCAGCCCCAAAGCGACAGCCAACGGACUGCACGACAUUGAGGACCGGAUUCUGAGGAUCACCGGCUACUACGGCUACAACCCGGGAUACUCCAGUCAUAAAAGAGAGGAUGGCUCGGAAUCUCACGCAGAGACACCAGGAAGUGAGACCAGUAUGGAGAGCCAGUCCUUCCAUACGUGCGCCAACACGGCUCUGAAGGUGCUGGGUGGUUUGCUGAUGGUGCUGUGUGUUUCCUCCUCCUGGGUGGGUACCACUCAGGUGGUGAAGCUGACCUUCCAGUCAUUCUCCUGUCCCUUCUUCAUCUCCUGGUUCAGCAGCAACUGGAACAUCCUCAUCUUCCCCAUCUACUACUCGGGACAUGUCGUCACCACACGGGAGAAGCAGACCCCCAUCCAGAAAUUCAGGGAGUGCAGCAAGCUCUUUGGGGAGGAUGGAAUGACUCUCAAGCUUUUUGUAAAGAGGACAGCACCCUUCUCAAUCCUGUGGACACUGACCAACUACCUGUACCUCUUAGCCUUGAAGAAAUUGACCGCCACUGAUGUCUCUGCCCUCUACUGUUGCCACAAAGCUUUUGUUUUUCUCCUCUCAUGGAUUGUCCUCAAGGACCGGUUCAUGGGUGUUCGGAUUGUGGCUGCCAUAAUGGCCAUCACAGGUAUUGUCAUGAUGGCUUAUGCUGACGGUUUCCAUGGUGAUUCCUUUGUGGGUGUGGCAUUGGCUGUGGGCUCAGCCUCAACUUCAGCUCUUUAUAAGGUGCUGUUCAAGAUGUUCCUAGGCAGCGCCAACCUUGGAGAAGUGGCUCAUUUUCUUUCCACCAUGGGCUUUUUCAACCUCAUCUUCAUCUCCUGUGUGCCCCUCAUCCUGUAUUUCACCAGGGUAGAGCACUGGGGCUCACUCUCCUCACUGCCGUGGGGAUACAUGUGUGGACUGGCAGGACUGUGGCUGGUGUUCAACAUCCUGGUCCAUGUUGGUGUGGUACUGACUUACCCCAUUCUGAUCUCUAUAGGGACACUGCUCAGUGUGCCGGGAAAUGCAGCUGUAGAUCUUUUGAAACAUGAGGUGAUCUUCAGUGUGGUGCGACUGGCUGCCACCUGCAUCAUCUGCCUGGGCUUCCUGCUCAUGCUGCUACCAGAGGAAUGGGACUCAGUCACUCUGCGUUUCUUGGCCACCAUUGCGGACAAAAAGUCAGAGGACCACGGCGAGGAGCUCACAGACUCCAGCACCCACACUCGAAGCCGCAGUCGCGCAAAUGGCACUGUCUCCAUUCCCUUGGCAUGACAUGCUCUGAUAGUAACCUCCGUUAACCAGUCUGGAAACUCCACAUUUCUCCAGAGCCUACACUGGAGGUGUGGUGGGACGCUCAGUCCAUGUGGACUCAUCUAUCAGGAAGUGAGGCAGUAACGUCUUGAACUUCAAACUUCACUCUGGAGACGUACUGUUUCUAUCACUUCACAACAACAGGGGAAACUGAAAACAUUUAUGGAUCAUGCAACUUGAAAGAGCUGAAAGUGUUAUUUACUUUCUUGACAUACUUGCCGCGCUCCAUCCCUCGCACGCACCCAAACCAAGAGCUGACUGGCUCCCCCUUGAGAUGCUCUGCAGACUGUAUUCUGUGAAUAUAACUAUCAGCAGGGCCAGUUUGGCUCAGUCUUACACAUAUUUAUGAUAUUUAUUUAGAUCUGUAUCAAUAAGAGUAAUAAUUUUAAAUCUUACUGAAUAGCAUUAUAUAGAAGAAUGAUGAUUAUACUAUGCUUAAUGUACAGGAUCUUUUGAUUUUGUAAUAAAAGUCUUAAA